AUGCUCGACCUCAAGAACAAAGUAGCUCUCGUCAUCGGUCUCGGCCAAACCAACACAGAUGGCUGGGGUAUCGGUGCAGCAAGCGCCGUAACCCUUGCAAGACAAGGAGCCAUCAUCUUUGGCGGAAACAGAACACUCGCUUCAACUACAAAGACAAAAGAAACCAUCCAAGAACAAGGCGGCCAAUGCAACAUUAUCGCCGCAGACGCCACAGACUCUGCGUCGGUCAAGGCUCUCGUCGACGAUUGCAUGGCAAAACAUGGAAAGAUUGACAUCUUGUUGACAAGCGUUGGUCAAUCCCAACCUGGAGAUGCUGCAUCCAUGACAGAAGACGUAUGGGAUUCACAAAUGAACAUCAAUCUCAAAAGCGUCUAUCUUGCAUGCCACCAUGUUCUUCCUAUAAUGGAAUUUCAGGGAAGUGGUUCAAUUAUUUGCAUCUCCAGUAUCGCUGGUCUUCGAUACAUCGGAAAGCCACAAGUAGCCUACAACACGACCAAAGCAGCGAUACUCCAAUUCGUCAAGUCCACGGCAGUUAUAUACGCUCCAAAGGGUGUACGACUCAAUGCUGUUGUUCCGGGACUCAUGGAUACGCCUUACACGAAGAGCUUGGCCAAGAGGUUUGCGACACCAGGAGGUUAUGAUGAGUUUUGUAGAAUGAGAGAGGGACAGGUUCCUAUGGGGAGGAUGGGCGAUGCGUGGGAUGUUGCUAAUGCUGUUGUGUUUUUGGCGGCGGAUGAGACGAGGUAUAUCACUGGACAAAGUAUUGUAGUUGACGGGGGAAUAACUUCAUCUACGGGGCGAACUUGA